UAACGCUCUUCUCUCUCCCGUCUCUGUACUCCAGGGCAUAACCUUCAGUAGCAGAACAAAUCAGGCCAGCCAGCAAGCUGCCAAGUCCUGCAGGCUCCUUGUCAAGGAAACCAGCUGGACCCAUUUCUAAUCAACAUCUCCCAACAUAACACCUCUGUGUCACUGAAGGAGACCGGACCAGAAUUUGAAACUUUCCACAGACUUCCACUAGACAUUGAAUGCAAAAGGAUACUUGGGUUGCUUUGCAUAAAUCUGCUCUAUUUCAGAGACCAAGGGGGAGAAUACAGGUGUCACUUUCAUCCAAGAAGUCACACGAACAUAUUCUACAUUUAAAGCUCUGCACGUAUAAUGGAUGAUGGUUAUCGAACCAGCCCAAACCUCUACCACGGUGCAAGAGAUAUAGCUCGAGAGGCUACCAGGCAGUCCCGGAACCAAGGAAUGGAUGACUACAAAUAUCAGGAUAACUAUGAGGGCUAUGCUCCCAAUGAUGGCUAUUACCGUGGCAGCGAGUCCAACCCAGAAGAGGACGCACAGAGUGAUGUUACAGAGGGCCAUGAUGAAGAGGAUGAAAUCUACGAGGGCGAGUACCAGGGCAUCCCUCACCCGGAUGACAUCAAGGCCAAGCAGGCCAAGAUGGCACCCUCCAGGGCAGAUGGCCUUCGAGGCCAGGCAGACCUAAUGGCUGAGAGGAUGGAAGAUGAGGAGCAAUUGGCCCACCAGUAUGAGACCAUUAUUGAUGAGUGCGGCCAUGGACGCUUCCAGUGGACCCUCUUUUUCGUCUUGGGUUUGGCUUUGAUGGCCGAUGGGGUGGAGGUGUUCGUGGUGAGUUUUGUCUUGCCCAGUGCAGAGAAGGAUAUGUGUCUGUCCAGUUCCAAGAAAGGAAUGCUUGGGCUCAUAGUCUACCUAGGAAUGAUGGCAGGGGCCUUCGUCCUGGGGGGCCUGGCCGAUAAGCUGGGGAGGAAGAGAGUCCUCAGCAUGUCGCUGGCUGUCAACGCCUCCUUCGCUUCCCUCUCCUCUUUCGUGCAAGGAUAUGGCGCCUUCCUCUUCUGCCGACUCAUCUCAGGCAUAGGUAUUGGGGGUGCUCUGCCCAUUGUGUUUACCUAUUUUUCUGAAUUCUUGUCUCGGGAGAAGAGAGGAGAGCACCUCAGUUGGUUGGGCAUCUUCUGGAUGACUGGGGGCAUCUAUGCAUCUGCCAUGGCCUGGAGCAUCAUUCCACACUACGGAUGGGGCUUCAGCAUGGGCACCAAUUACCACUUCCACAGCUGGAGAGUGUUUGUCAUCGUCUGCGCUCUGCCCUGCACUGUGUCCAUGGUGGCCCUGAGGUUCAUGCCAGAGAGCCCAAGGUUUCUGCUAGAGAUGGGCAAACAUGACGAAGCCUGGAUGAUUCUCAAGCAAGUGCAUGACACCAACAUGAGGGCUAAGGGGGCCCCGGAGAAGGUGUUCACGGUUUCCAACAUCAAAACUCCCAAGCAAAUGGAUGAAUUCAUUGAGAUCCAAAGUUCAACAGGAACUUGGUACCAGCGCUGGCUCGUCAGGUUCAAGACCACUUUCAAGCAGGUCUGGGAUAAUGCUCUAUACUGUGUGCUGGGGCCCUACAGGAUGAACACGCUGAUUCUGGCCGUGGUCUGGUUCAGCAUGGCUUUAAGCUACUAUGGACUGACAGUUUGGUUCCCUGAUAUGAUCCGGUAUUUUCAAGAUGAAGAAUACAAGUCCAAAAUGAAGGUAUUUUUUGGUGAGCAUGUGUACGGUGCCACAAUCAACUUCACGAUGGAAAAUCAGAUUCACCAACAUGGGAAACUUGUGAAUGACAAGUAAGUGAGAGAUGCAGGCUUUCCCCAGAUCGGGGUGACAGUCCUGGGCACUGUUCUUGGGAGAGAGCCAUUGGAAAGAUAGGAAUUCAAUAUGGCGGGGACGCUCCAAGGCUGUUGCAGUAUCACAAGUUAUUCUGGCUGCCAGAGACAUGACAAUUCUGUCAAGUGGCUCUGUCUGUAUUGUGCUGGCUCCCAGUCCUCCCUAAUCUCCUGGCUGUAGCUGAUGCAUUGAAGGAUGGAGACAUUUGACUGAGGAGAAUCAGUCAGACCAGCUUUCCGGAGACCUUGCACCUUCGAUGGAGAUGUAAAGAGAGCUGUGGCCCUUAUGGUGCUUGCCUGGAGAGAAGGCACAGAGCUCUAACUGCUGAGGUCCCUGCAGCAACCCAGGACCUGGAUGUUGAGCUUUUGCUUUGAUUCUAGAAGCUUCUCCAGGCUAAGGCCAACAGGGUACUAUCUAUGUUAGUCUUUCACCUAAUAUUACCUCCAUGGGUUGGUUAGCAUGGCCUAGCAUCAUCAAGAGUGUCAUUGUCCUUUAGGGAAAGAUAAGUGGAGUUUUAGAAAAGUCCUGCCUACAUCUUUGCGGGCUGCUUCCUGAAUCUGUUUGACUUCCCCUCUUUCUCUUCUUGAGACAAAUGAGACACACGGUCCAGCCCACUGGGGUUGAAGAAUGCCUCUUUGAGGCUGCUUUCUGCAGCCCCCCAAAUGGGUCAGGGCAGGACAUUAAAGUUUACCCCAGGCCACAUUAUUCACUAAGCUGAGCUUUUAUUUCUCUGCUGUUGCCCUUCUUGAAUCGUACUUAGCAAGCUCAUCGGUUCAGGCUGCAUGGUGGCACCAGAAAUACCAUGGCCCAGAUAGUUCAGUGUCAGUGAUAGAAACUGCCCCAUAUUUACCACCUCUGUACAAAAAUUAAUGCCAUGAAGUCUCUUCUCCAGCUCAUGGUCUACCUCUCCUCCCCACACCCACCCACAUGACCAAGUGGAGUGGUCCUGCCCAUGACUGUUAGUCACUUGGGGAAGGAGUGUGUGUCUGAGUGAAGUCCAAGGAGGAUGCCUUCUGUGGUCUAGUCCAUACGGCUCUUCCAGGCCAGACCUUAGCAAACGUUCACUGUUAUUUAGGAUGAGACAGCGUGAAAGGAAAGGAGGAAUAUUAUUUCUACAAAUAAGAGACCUUUGGAAAAGAAGGUUAGUGUCAAGUGUCAGUGGACAUGGAAUUCAGAUUUUCAGAUGCUAUUUUUCAAUGCAGAAGCUGAGUCACAAACACAUACACCCACGCAUGCACACGCCCUCUGCAGAGACACUUCAGAGUCACUGUGAUCUGCUGAGAGUGGUCACUGCAGGGAUGGCGGCUCCAAAGCCAGUGGCAGUGGGUGGCAAUAGCCCCAGCAUUUCUCACUCACUCUAGGGCUCUUCAGUAUGACUCAAGGAAUCUUGUCUUGGCAUCGCCAAGGAAGAAAUGGUGCCCUUGCUUUAUUAGAAUGCUUUGGAAAUGUUGAAAUCUAAGGGUCAUUGUGGAUGGCUAGAUGAUACUCAUGCUAUGACACCAUUCCCUGCAGAGAUGAAUUCACUAAAAGGUGCCUCAUUUAGGAAGUUCCCAAUGUUCUGUGAUACUC